ACUCUCUCCCUCUCUCUCUCACUUCACUAAAAUUAUUUAAAAAACAAAAAAACAAAAUAAAAAAACAAGAAAACAGAAAACAGAAAACACGGACACAGAGAAGAGAAUAGAGCUCUUGUGAUUUGCUUUGUAGAGAGAUGGCGUUCGUUCAUUAAAACGACACUCCGUUUUAUGCCUCCAGGAUCAGAAUGGACUAUUCUUUGGGUGGUGAGGGGCCUGCUGUACUGCAGUUGCGCAAGUGGGACCCCUCCCAGUUCCAGUUCAACCUGUCAGAAUUUCGUGAAGCCUUUAUUUCUCCAACAAGGGAGCUGUUAUUAUUGCUCUCAUAUCAGUGUGAAGCAUUACUGCUACCACUGGUUACAGGGUACUCUAUAGAUAGGAACAUUACAGAAAAUUGUUUUGAUGAAAGUCUUCGAGAUCCAUGUUCAUCUGCUCUAAGUAGGUCAGAUUCAAAGGAUAAUACCCCAUGCCCUUCUGGAUCAGUAAUGGAUUUUGAUAAUGGUUUUUCUCUUGAUCGUAAUUUUUCAAGAUCUAAUAAUUACCCUUUUGUUUGUGAUGUAAACUCACUGGCUUGGGGUGUAUGUGGGGAUACGUAUAAUCAGCACAAGGAUGCCUCAUUUAGAGAGCUUCUUUUUGUUUCGAGUGACCAGCGUGUGACAGUCCAUGCUUUCUGUUGUCCGAAUGAUACUAGUUCAACGACCAGGCAGGGGGACUUUGAGCAAGGUAGGUGGGUGGAUUGGGGGCCUUCUUCUGCAUCAGUACAUAAUACAUUGGCAGAGGAGGCUUCUAGUUUGUCUUGUGAAGGCACUGGAAAUGUUGGGGAUGAAUUUGUGACCAAUGGAAGUAGUGAGAGUUCACAGAGUAUAUACAAAGAGGCAGGGGAUGAUGGGUCAUCAAGAAGUGUUGGUUCAAGGAGGUGGCUGCGUUCUUUUUUCACCAAAGCUGAAAUGAUCCAAUCUGAUGGUAAGAUUUGGACUAGGUUUCCAGAGAGGUCAUCAUUUCCUUGCUCUGCGAAGGUUAUUUCAUUUACCAUUCUAGAUAGUAAUUUACCACUUUUGCAAGUCCCUACUCAAGGAAACUCUGUGGCAGUUAAAGAGAACAUACAAGAUACUGGUUUGGAUUUGCCUACAAAUUCUCAUUUGGCUUCAACUAGUCUAAAUUUUCAGUCUGAUGUAUUGCCCAAUUAUCUAGGUAUUGACAUUAACAGUUCAUACAAAUGUAUUAGAGUUUUUUCCAGCAAUUCUCAUUACUUAAUUGGAUUCUUUUUGACACUGGUGAAUCCAUUUUCUGUCAAUAUUGGUAGUGAAAGUGAGAGAAGUAGGGGGAAAAAUAUACUUCUUGUUGCGAGGUUAAAUAGUUGGGGAAUCCAGUGGGUUUCUGCUGUGAAGUUAGAGGAAAGUUUAAAUAUAGGUUUGGUAUCUGACUGGACGGACUUCUGCUUUUCUGAUAAUCUUCUUGUUUGCCUCAACUCUAGUGGUGUAAUCUUUUUAUAUGAUGCUAUAUCCGGUGACCGUGUGGCACAUGUUGAUAUUUUACGUACUUGUGUGCUUGACCCACGCUCAAAUUUGCAUGAGCAAGAAAAAUUGCAUGUUGGUGCUGAUGUGCAAAUGAAGCAAGCUGAUGAAGUUCAUGAAUUGUCAACUUAUCGACAAGGUGGUCUCUUGGGUGGAAGAAUGUUUAAACGGGUGAUUGUUGCUUCACAUACCUCCCUCUUAGCUGUGGUUGAUGAAUAUGGUGUCAUAUACGUUAUACAUGUUGGUGAUCAUAUACUUGAAAAGUAUAACAUAUCUGUGAAAUUGCUUCCACAUUUCCAGCAUUUGGGGCUUGGGACGUUGGUUGGUUGGGAGGCUGGUGGUUCUGAUAUUGGCCACCAAUGGGUGUAUUCUAAUACAUCAAGUUCUCGUUGUCAUAGAUUAGAUAUUUCAUCUGAAAGGAACAGGAAUGUUUCUUUAUCUGACAAUAUCAGAAAUACUUUGCUUCAUGAAUGCCAACACCAAAAUGUGCGUAGAAACGGUGGGCAGUGUGACUUGUGUUUGAGUGGAUUUUCUGCUACAUCAAAGAUGAGUUGCCAGUGUUUUCAUGAUUCUGAUGUACGGUAUCACCUUGUGAGAAACAUCUUUCUUCCCACAGAUAGGUUUAGUGUGGAUGAUUGUAUCUUUUUUUCACCUUUAGGAAUCACUCGACUGACCAAAAGGCAUAAUAUUGAGGGGCAAGAGAGUGCCAAAAUUGUUCACCUUGAUCUGCAUACAGAUUCAGCAGUUCGUGAUGACAGUUACUUGAAUCCUGGGUCUGAAAUGUUUUAUCUACAGGGGAGGAAAGAAUCUUCUGUUGGAAAAGCAGUUGGUUGCACUUUUCAGGGUUGUUUUUAUUUGGUAACUGAGGAUGGGCUUUCAGUAGUUCUCCCUGCUGUUUCAGUUCCAUCAAACUUCCUCCCUGUUGAAACGAUUGGCUAUCGGCAAUCACGUAUGAAGACAGAUGUGGUAUGCCAAGAAAGAAGCAAUUUGGAAAUGAAAGAAUCAAAACAGCCUUGGUCACCUUGGAAGGUCGAAAUUUUGGAUAGAGUUAUUCUGUAUGAAGGCCCUGAAGAGGCAGAUCGCUUAUGUGUGGAAAAUGGGUGGGAGCUGAAAAUUUCUCGGACGCGUCAACUGCAAAUGUCAUUAGAAUACUUGAAGUUUGACGAAAUUCAGCAAUCUUUAGAAAUGCUUGUGGAGGUUGAUCUGGUGGAAGAAGGCAUUCUGAGAUUACUCUUUGCUGCUGUUUAUCUGAUGUCUCAUAAAAAUGGCAAUGGCAAUGGCAAUGACAAUGAGGUAUCUUCUGCAUCAAGGCUUCUUAUGUUAGCUUCCUGCUUUGCAACCAAAAUGAUUCGCAAGUAUGGAUUACAACUGCAUAAAGAUGAUGCAUACUUUCUGAAGGGCUUAAACGGAAUGAAGUUACUUUCUCUUCCAUCAACUUUAGUGGAUGAAGAACAAAAUGAUGCAAAAACUUCUAGGAGGAUUUCUGAGAUGGCUCACUUUUUGGAGGUUAUUCGAAAUUUGCAGUGUCGACUGAGUGCAAAAUUUAAAAAGCCGGGCCAAGGACUGGUGGAUUGUGGGGGGGCAUUAAGCUUGGCGGAGCCAAACUUAUCAGAGAAUGAAUCUCGGCUGUCGAUAGUUUCAGCAAAAGCAGUAUCCUUGGAAACCUCAAAUGAAAAUGAACUGUCAUUUUCUUUGUCUACCCAGGGUUCUAAGGAUACUGAGAAGCUUGCUUUGGUGCCCAAAGAUUUCAUGAAUUCUAAAGCUGAGUUUGAUUUAGAAGAUUCUGGUGAAGCAUCUGUUCAUGUGUCUCCAGGGGCACUUUUGAGAAGGACAACACUUCCCUUGGAAAAUCCCAAGGAUAUGAUUGCACGUUGGAAAUUGGAUAACUUGGACCUGAAAACUGUAGUCAGUGAUGCUCUACUCUCUGGUCGUCUCCCUUUAGCAGUUCUUCAGUUGCAUCUUCAUCGUUCAACAGAACUUGCUACUGAGGAAGAGCAUCAUGAUACCUUCACUGAAGUUCGUGACAUUGGAAGAGCUAUUGCUUAUGAUUUAUUUUUGAAGGGUGAAACUGCGCUUGCUGUAGCAACAUUGCAAAGGCUUGGGGAGGACAUUGAAGUCUGCCUUAAACAGUUGGUAUUCGGCACAGUGAGGAGAUCUCUACGAAUGCAAGUUGCUGAGGAGAUGAGAAGAUACGGUUACUUGGGACCACAUGACUGGAAGAUGUUGGAGAGGAUAUCACUCAUUGAGAGACUCUAUCCUAGUAGUAGUUUCUGGAGAACUUUUCGUGGCCGGCAAAAGGAAUUCACAGAAGCCACAUCAACUCUAAAUUCUCCAGGAGGAGUAUAUUUGCAACUUUUGAAUUCACAUUUAUUUGGCAAUCUUGUCAUUGAGUGUGGCGAGAUUGACGGAGUUGUCUUGGGUUCAUGGACAAAUGUCAAUGAAAGUUCGUCUAAGCCUGUGAUUGAUGAAGAUAAUGCUCAUGCUGGAUAUUGGGCUGCUGCUGCAGUGUGGUCUAAUGCAUGGGAUCAGAGAACCGUUGAUCGUAUAGUGCUGGAUCAACCUUUUCUUAUGGGUGUUCACGUAUUAUGGGAAUCACAACUGGAGUACCACUUAUACCAUAAUGACUGGGAAGAAGUUUCCAAACUUCUGGACAUUAUUCCUAAAUCUGUGCUAUCAGAUGGAAGCCUACAGAUUGCUUUGGAUGGUUCACAGCCUGCUUCAACUAUCGGUAGUAAUAGUGAAUUUCCUGACUAUGGCAAUUACAUAUGCUCUAUAGAAGAACUGGAUGCUGGUUGUGUGGAAGUGCCAGAUAUCAAAAUAUUUAGGUUAUCUGCUAAUAUUAUGUGCUCCAUGUGGUUAAGGAGGCUCAUGGAGCAGGAGCUAGCUAGGAAAUUUAUUUUUUUGAAGGAAUACUGGGAAGGCACUGCAGAAAUUGUAGCUCUUCUGGCCUGUUCAGGCUUCAUUACUAGCAGAAAUAAAAUUUCAUCUGAGGAUGAUUCUAUUGAGAAUUUAUCAGAUAUUGUUGGAAGAUCUUCUGUUGGUACCAUUCAAGCUUUACAUAAAUUACUUAUGUAUCACUGUGCGCAACAGAACUUGCCAAAUCUUUUGGAUCUUUACCUUGAUUAUCACAAGUUGGUUCUAGAUAGCAAUUCACUUCAUUCAUUACAAGAAGCUGCUGGAGAUUGUCACUGGGCAAGAUGGUUACUCUUAUCUAGGAUUAAGGGGCGCGAAUAUGAUGCAUCAUUUUUUAAUGCUCGUGCUAUAAUGUCACAUAAUUUAGUUUCUGGUAACAACUUAAGUGUCCUAGAGAUCGAUGACAUAAUUUGUACUGUUGAUGACAUUGCGGAAGGAGGGUGGGAAAUGGCUGCUUUAGCAACUCUAAUGUAUGCCCCUGCUCCAAUUCAAAGCUGUUUAAGUAGUGGUGGUGUAAACAGGCGUAGUAGUUCUUCAGCCCAGUGCACAUUGGAGAACUUGAGACCCGCUUUACAACAGUUCCCUACAUUGUGGCGCAUGCUUGUAGCUGCAUGUUUCGGACAUGAUACAGUUUGCGCUUUUGUAGGCCCUAAAGUGAAGAAUGCUUUAUCAGACUACCUAAAUUGGCGUGAUACCAUCUUCUUCUCUUCUGGACGUGAUACUUCUCUUUCCCAAAUUCUGCCGUGCUGGUUUCCUAAGGCCAUAAGGAGGUUAAUUCAGCUUUUUGUUCAGGGUCCUGUUGGAUGGCAAGCACUUCCAGAUCUGCCUACAGAAUCUUCACUAGAUAGAGACAUUGAAUUUUUCAUAAAUGCCCAUGGGCAUGCUGAGGUUAGUGCUAUCUCAUGGGAAGCAACUAUCCAGAAGCAUAUUGAAGAGGAACUUUAUGACUCCUCACUCCAGAGAUGUAAGGCAAUGGAGAGUGAAUUUCCUGACUAUGGCAAUUACAUAUGCUCUAUAGAAGAACUGGAUGCUGGUUGUGUGGAAGUGCCAGAUAUCAAAAUAUUUAGGUUAUCUGCUAAUGCUUAUGUGCUCCAUGUGGUUAAGGAGGCUCAUGAGCAGGAGCUAGCUAGGAAAUUUAUUUUUUUGAAGGAAUACUGGAAGGCACUGCAGAAAUUGCUUCUUACGUUAGCUUCCUGCUUUGCAACCAAAAUGAUUCGCAAGUAUGGAUUACAACUGCAUAAAGAUGAUGCAUACUUUCUGAAGGGCUUAAACGGAAUGAAGUUACUUUCUCUUCCAUCAACUUUAGUGGAUGAAGAACAAAAUGAUGCAAAAACUUCUAGGAGGAUUUCUGAGAUGGCUCACUUUUUGGAGGUUAUUCGAAAUUUGCAGUGUCGACUGAGUGCAAAAUUUAAAAAGCCGGGCCAAGGACUGGUGGAUUGUGGGGGGGCAUUAAGCUUGGCGGAGCCAAACUUAUCAGAGAAUGAAUCUCGGCUGUCGAUAGUUUCAGCAAAAGCAGUAUCCUUGGAAACCUCAAAUGAAAAUGAACUGUCAUUUUCUUUGUCUACCCAGGGUUCUAAGGAUACUGAGAAGCUUGCUUUGGUGCCCAAAGAUUUCAUGAAUUCUAAAGCUGAGUUUGAUUUAGAAGAUUCUGGUGAAGCAUCUGUUCAUGUGUCUCCAGGGGCACUUUUGAGAAGGACAACACUUCCCUUGGAAAAUCCCAAGGAUAUGAUUGCACGUUGGAAAUUGGAUAACUUGGACCUGAAAACUGUAGUCAGUGAUGCUCUACUCUCUGGUCGUCUCCCUUUAGCAGUUCUUCAGUUGCAUCUUCAUCGUUCAACAGAACUUGCUACUGAGGAAGAGCAUCAUGAUACCUUCACUGAAGUUCGUGACAUUGGAAGAGCUAUUGCUUAUGAUUUAUUUUUGAAGGGUGAAACUGCGCUUGCUGUAGCAACAUUGCAAAGGCUUGGGGAGGACAUUGAAGUCUGCCUUAAACAGUUGGUAUUCGGCACAGUGAGGAGAUCUCUACGAAUGCAAGUUGCUGAGGAGAUGAGAAGAUACGGUUACUUGGGACCACAUGACUGGAAGAUGUUGGAGAGGAUAUCACUCAUUGAGAGACUCUAUCCUAGUAGUAGUUUCUGGAGAACUUUUCGUGGCCGGCAAAAGGAAUUCACAGAAGCCACAUCAACUCUAAAUUCUCCAGGAGGAGUAUAUUUGCAACUUUUGAAUUCACAUUUAUUUGGCAAUCUUGUCAUUGAGUGUGGCGAGAUUGACGGAGUUGUCUUGGGUUCAUGGACAAAUGUCAAUGAAAGUUCGUCUAAGCCUGUGAUUGAUGAAGAUAAUGCUCAUGCUGGAUAUUGGGCUGCUGCUGCAGUGUGGUCUAAUGCAUGGGAUCAGAGAACCGUUGAUCGUAUAGUGCUGGAUCAACCUUUUCUUAUGGGUGUUCACGUAUUAUGGGAAUCACAACUGGAGUACCACUUAUACCAUAAUGACUGGGAAGAAGUUUCCAAACUUCUGGACAUUAUUCCUAAAUCUGUGCUAUCAGAUGGAAGCCUACAGAUUGCUUUGGAUGGUUCACAGCCUGCUUCAACUAUCGGUAGUAAUAGUGAAUUUCCUGACUAUGGCAAUUACAUAUGCUCUAUAGAAGAACUGGAUGCUGGUUGUGUGGAAGUGCCAGAUAUCAAAAUAUUUAGGUUAUCUGCUAAUAUUAUGUGCUCCAUGUGGUUAAGGAGGCUCAUGGAGCAGGAGCUAGCUAGGAAAUUUAUUUUUUUGAAGGAAUACUGGGAAGGCACUGCAGAAAUUGUAGCUCUUCUGGCCUGUUCAGGCUUCAUUACUAGCAGAAAUAAAAUUUCAUCUGAGGAUGAUUCUAUUGAGAAUUUAUCAGAUAUUGUUGGAAGAUCUUCUGUUGGUACCAUUCAAGCUUUACAUAAAUUACUUAUGUAUCACUGUGCGCAACAGAACUUGCCAAAUCUUUUGGAUCUUUACCUUGAUUAUCACAAGUUGGUUCUAGAUAGCAAUUCACUUCAUUCAUUACAAGAAGCUGCUGGAGAUUGUCACUGGGCAAGAUGGUUACUCUUAUCUAGGAUUAAGGGGCGCGAAUAUGAUGCAUCAUUUUUUAAUGCUCGUGCUAUAAUGUCACAUAAUUUAGUUUCUGGUAACAACUUAAGUGUCCUAGAGAUCGAUGACAUAAUUUGUACUGUUGAUGACAUUGCGGAAGGAGGGUGGGAAAUGGCUGCUUUAGCAACUCUAAUGUAUGCCCCUGCUCCAAUUCAAAGCUGUUUAAGUAGUGGUGGUGUAAACAGGCGUAGUAGUUCUUCAGCCCAGUGCACAUUGGAGAACUUGAGACCCGCUUUACAACAGUUCCCUACAUUGUGGCGCAUGCUUGUAGCUGCAUGUUUCGGACAUGAUACAGUUUGCGCUUUUGUAGGCCCUAAAGUGAAGAAUGCUUUAUCAGACUACCUAAAUUGGCGUGAUACCAUCUUCUUCUCUUCUGGACGUGAUACUUCUCUUUCCCAAAUUCUGCCGUGCUGGUUUCCUAAGGCCAUAAGGAGGUUAAUUCAGCUUUUUGUUCAGGGUCCUGUUGGAUGGCAAGCACUUCCAGAUCUGCCUACAGAAUCUUCACUAGAUAGAGACAUUGAAUUUUUCAUAAAUGCCCAUGGGCAUGCUGAGGUUAGUGCUAUCUCAUGGGAAGCAACUAUCCAGAAGCAUAUUGAAGAGGAACUUUAUGACUCCUCACUCCAGGAGACUGGACUUGGACUUGAGCACCACUUGCAUCGUGGUCGUGCCCUGGCAGCUUUUAACCAUCUUCUUGGUGUUAGAGUUGAGAAGUUGAAAUCAGAAGGCCGAUCAAGUUCUUCAGCACAGGGACAGGCAAAUGUUCAAUCUGAUGUUCAAACACUUCUUUCACCCAUCCAGCAAGGCGAAGAGUCUCUUCUUUCAUCUGUUAUGCCACUUGCUAUUUCACAUUUUGAAGAUUCUGUAUUGGUUGCCUCAUCUGCUUUUCUCCUAGAGCUUUGUGGGUUAUCUGCCAGCAUGCUCCGUGUUGAUAUAGCGGCUUUGAGACGGAUAUCCUCUUUCUACAAAUCUAGUGAAACUAAUGAAAGUCAUAAGCAAUUUUCACCUAAGGGUUCUGCAUUUCAUGCAGCAUCCCAUGGAGGUGAUAUAACAGAGUCUCUAGCUCGAGCACUGGCAGAUGAAUAUUUGCAUGAGGAUAAUGCAACCAAGGCUAAGCAGAAGGGAACUCCAAGUUCAGUUAGUGACACACAGCCUUCUAGAGCUCUAAUGCUUGUCCUACAACAUUUGGAAAAGGCUAGUCUUCCAGUAAUGACAGAUGGAAAGACUUGUGGAUCUUGGCUGUCAACUGGUGUUGGUGAUGGAGCAGAAUUAAGAUCUCAACAAAAAGCUGCAAGCCAGCACUGGAAUUUAGUUACAGUCUUUUGUCAGAUGCAUCAGCUUCCUUUAAGCACAACAUACCUUGGUGUAUUAGCACGAGAUAAUGAUUGGGUUGGAUUUUUAUAUGAAGCUCAAGUUGGUGGGUAUCCUUUUGAAUCAGUGGUCCAGGUGGCCUCAAAGGAAUUUAGUGAUCCACGUCUCAAAAUUCACGUGUUAACAGUUUUGAAAGGCAUGCAAUCAAGGAAAAAAGCUAGUUCUUCAUCUUACAUGGAUGCUACAGAUAAAAAUGAAAGUUCCUUUUUAGAUGAAAAUUUAUAUAUCCCGGUUGAGCUCUUUAGAAUUUUAGCUGAUUGCGAGAAGGAGAAAAAUCCUGGAGAGGCCCUCUUGAUUAAAGCUAAGGAAUUGUCCUGGUCUGUUUUGGCAAUGAUUGCUUCGUGUUUUCCAGAUGCUACACCAUUAUCCUGCCUAACUGUUUGGCUGGAAAUUACUGCAGCCAGGGAAACUUCAUCGAUAAAGGUGAAUGACAUAGCUUCACAGAUAGCAGAUAAUGUUGCUGCAGCUGUGGAAUCUACCAAUUCCAUGUCAGCUGGUGGUAGACCCCUUGCAUUUCGUUACAACCGGCUGAACCCAAAACGUAGACGGCUUAUGGAGCCAAUAUCCACGGAUCCCUUGGUUGCCUCAUCUGAUGUUUCAAAUACUUAUCCUGAUGCAAGAAUAUUAACUGCCCAGGAAAGCAGUGGGGAGGAAGGAAAAAUUGAAGAUGGUCACAAUAUUAACAUUCGAACUGAUUUAAUUGAAGGCCCUGCUUCUCUGUCCAAGAUGGUUGCGGUGCUUUGUGAACAACACUUGUUUCUUCCUUUGUUAAGAGCAUUUGAAAUGUUCCUUCCUUCAUGUUCUUUGUUACCUUUCAUUCGAGCACUUCAGGCAUUUUCACAGAUGCGCCUAUCUGAAGCGUCAGCACAUCUGGGUUCCUUCUCUGCCAGAUUAAAGGAAGAGCCAACUCAUUCACAGGCAAAUAUGGGAAGAGAAGGCCAGAUUGGAACUUCAUGGGUUAGCUCAACUGCUGUAAAAGCUGCCGAUGCUAUGCUUUCAACUUGUCCAUCUCCUUAUGAGAAGAGAUGCUUACUGCAAUUGCUUGCUGCUACUGACUUUGGUGAUGGGGGAUCUACAGCUACUUACUAUCGACGACUCUACUGGAAGAUUAAUUUGGCGGAGCCUUCACUGCGAAAAGAUGAUGGCCUGCAACUAGGGGAUGAGACUUUAGAUGAUGCUUCACUUUUAACUGCAUUAGAAAAGAAUGGACAUUGGGAACAAGCACGGAACUGGGCCAAGCAGUUGGAUGCCAGUGGUGGACCUUGGAAAUUUACUGUUCACCAUGUCACAGAAACUCAGGCUGAAUCCAUGGUGGCUGAAUGGAAAGAGUUCCUUUGGGAUGUCCCUGAAGAGAGAAUUGCUUUAUGGGGCCAUUGCCAGAUAUUGUUCAUCAGAUAUGCCUUCCCUCCUUUACAGGCUGGAUUAUUCUUCCUUAAACAUGCAGAAGCAAUUGAGAAAGAUCUUCCGGCUAGAGAGCUUUAUGAAAUGUUGCUACUUUCGCUUCAGUGGUUAAGUGGAAUGAUAACCCAGUGCAAUGCAGUUUAUCCGUUGCAUCUUCUGCGAGAAAUUGAGACUAGAGUAUGGCUGUUGGCAGUAGAAUCAGAAGCUCAGGUGAAAAGUGAAGGAGACUUCAGUUUAACCAGUUCCACCCGGGAAAAUACUUCCAAUAUCAUUGACCGGACUGCAAAUAUAAUAACAAAAAUGGAUAAUCAUAUUAAUGCAAUGAGGAACAGACUUGCAGAGAAACAUGAUGCUAGGGAAAAUAACCAAGCAAAUUACAAGAACCAAGUGUUGGAUGCUAGUUCUUCAACUACAUCUGGGGGAAGUACGAAGGCAAAACGGAGGGCGAAAGGCUACAUGCCAUCAAGACGGCAAUUAGUGGACUCUGUAGAUAAAAGCACUGAACCUGAAGAUAGUUCUGUCCUUCUCAACUUUAGGCAUGAUUCUCAAUUGCAAGAUGAAAGCCUGACAAUGGAAAUGUCUUUUCCAAAAUGGGAGGAACGGGUUGGACCUGCAGAGCUGGAAAGGGCUGUUCUUUCUCUUCUGGAGUUUGGACAAAUAACAGCUGCCAAGCAACUUCAACAUAAGCUGUCUCCAGCUCAUGUUCCAUCAGAAUUUGUACUUGUUGAUGUUGCUUUAAAGCUUGCAGCUAUCUCGACACCCAAUAGACAAGUCUCAAUUUCAAUGCUCGAUGAGGAAGUGCUUUCAGUCAUUCAAUCAUACAAUAUAGUGAUCAACCGAAACUUCAUCUAUCCACUGCAGGUCUUAGAGAGUUUAGCUACUAUUUUCAUUGAAGGCCAUGGGCGUGGUCUAUGUAAGAAGAUAAUAUCAGUCGUAAAAGCUGCCAAUGUGUUGGGUCUUCCAUUCUUGGAGGCAUUUGAGAAGCAACCAGUUGAAUUGCUACAGCUUCUUUCUCUUAAAGCACAAGAGUCAUUUGAAGAAGCAUAUCUCCUUGUGCAAACUCAUUCAAUGCCGGCCACAAGUACUGCUAAAAUUCUUGCAGAAUCCUUCCUAAAGGGUUUAUUGGCUGCACACCGUGGAGGGUACAUGGAUUCUCAGAAGGAGGAAGGACCAGCUCCUCUAUUGUGGAGAUUUUCAGACUUCUUGAAGUGGGCAGAACUUUGUCCUUCUGAACCAGAAAUUGGCCAUGCACUAAUGCGUUUGGUGAUUACUGGACAGGAAAUACCUCAUGCUUGUGAGGUUGAGCUUCUCAUUCUCUCCCACCAUUUCUACAAAUCAUCAGCUUGCCUUGAUGGAGUUGAUGUUCUUGUGGCUCUCGCUGCAACCAGGGUUGAAGCUUAUGUGGCCGAGGGUGAUUUUCCAUGUUUGGCUCGACUGAUAACGGGCGUCGGAAACUUCCAUGCCCUUAAUUUUAUUCUUGGCAUUCUUAUAGAAAAUGGUCAGCUGGAUCUCCUUCUUCAAAAGUACUCUGCUGCUGCAGACACAAAUACGGGCACUGCUGAGGCUAUCAGAGGAUUCCGAAUGGCUGUUCUCACAUCGUUGAAGCAUUUUAACCCCAAUGACCUUGAUGCAUUUGCUAUGGUCUAUAAUCACUUUGACAUGAAGCAUGAAACAGCUUCUCUUUUAGAGUCGCGAGCGGAGCAGUCCUGCCAGCAGUGGUUUCAUCGUGCUGACAGGGACCAAAAUGAAGACCUCCUAGAUUCCAUGCGCUACUUUAUCGAAGCUGCGGAAGUUCACUCUUCUAUUGAUGCUGGCAAUAAAACACGAAGAGCUUGUGCGCAGGCUUCCCUUGUCUCUCUUCAAAUUCGAAUGCCGGAUUAUAAAUGGCUGAACCUUUCUGACACCAAUGCCCGGCGAGCAUUGGUUGAGCAAUCUCGUUUCCAGGAGGCUUUAAUCGUCGCAGAAGCCUAUGGUCUUAACCAGCCGAGUGAAUGGGCGCUGGUACUUUGGAAUCAGAUGCUCAAUCCAGAACUAACGGAAGAUUUUGUGGCUGAAUUUGUGGCUGUACUUCCCCUCCAGCCUUCUAUGCUUGUCGAACUGGCGAAAUUCUAUCGGGCUGAGGUGGCGGCCAGGGGCGACCAGUCCCAAUUCUCAGUCUGGCUGACUGGUGGAGGCUUGCCAGCUGAAUGGGCUAAAUAUCUGGGAAGAUCAUUCAGAUGCUUGUUGAAGAGAACUAGGGAUCUGAGGUUACGGAUGCAACUGGCCACUGUGGCAACUGGGUUCACCGACGUGAUCGAUACAUGCACAAAGGAGUUGGAUCGGGUUCCCGAUAUCGGUGCACCACUCGUUCUCCGGAGAGGGCAUGGUGGGGCUUACCUCCCGUUGAUGUGAGUAAUACAUGAUUCCAUGGCGAUGAUGAUGAUGAUGAAAAUUUUGACUUGGAUGAUAUCAAACGUGAUUACGAGGGGCUGAUCCGAUGGUGCCGGUGAUAUUAAAUCUCGUAAAUCUCUAUUUUGAUGAAUUAGCAACAAGAUUAUAUUUUUGGACAGCGUAAAUUAGUUGAAGAGUUUGAAAAUAAUUGUUGAAGAAUAUGUUCAGAUUAGGAAGACAAAAAGGGGUUGAAGCCUGGAAAAUCUUGUAAAGUGGUUCGGUUUUGUUCUGUUAAAAUUUUUGAGAAAUUUCCUUUUUGGAUGACAGAAUUUUUGGUGAUGGGUAAUGUCAAUUUUGUAAGAAAUGUACAUGUGUACAUAUUUUUUAGUUUUGAAUAUAAAGUUCAUUUUUGUGUUUA